GUCAUGUGAUCAGCUGUGUCCAAUCACAGCUGAUCACAUGGGACAUGUACACAGAUUAUCAGAGCACUGAUGAUCAGUGUGCCCUGAUGAUCUGUGUAGCCCCAGCAGCACCACCUGUCAGUGCUCAUCAAUGCCACCUGCCAGUACCCAUCAGUGCCACAUUUCAGUUCCUACCAGUGCACAUCAAUGCCACAUAUCAGUGCCCAUCUGAGCUGCCUUUCAGUGCCACCUAUCAGUGCCGCCUAACAGUGCCAGUCAGUGCCACCUAACAGUGCCAGUCAGUGCCGCCUAACAGUGCCAUAUAUGAGUG